AUAUUUUGUCCAUAUUUAGAAAAAUUAUGGAAAUAGGAAUUUUAGAUGAAAAAUAAAAAUUUUAAUUAUAAUAUUUAGAAUUGACAAUUAAUUUUAAGUAAACUUUUUAUAUAUAUUCUCAAUAUUAAUAUUGAAGUAAUUUCUUCGACAUUUGACAAAUCUUUAUCUUUCAAAUAUUAAAAUGGAGAGUAUUAUUCGUUAUGAAAAACCAUAUUCUGAUUAUAAACGAACUGAACAACAAGAAAUGUUAAUAGCAGCUCCAUUGGAUUUAUCAUUUAAAAGAGCAACCACAAUGAAUGAAUUGGCAAAUAAACGUCCACAAUCAGUACGAACGGGUAAAAUUCCAUUGCGAACAUCUGCAGAUCGUUUCGUAACAUGUUCUUUAUGGUUAAGCAAUAAUUUAUUGACUUCAAUGGACGGAUUUGAAACUCUUGUACAAAAAGUUCUCGAUGAUCCAGAGCAUCUUAGUUGGAUCGAUCUUUCUUUUAAUAAGAUAAAAGAAAUUGGAGAUGAUAUUGUAAAAUUUCCGAAUAUAAAAAUAUUUUAUUUGCAUGGAAACAAUAUUUCGAAUAUUAAUGAUAUUGUUAAAUUGAAAAAGUUACAAACUCUUAGAUCUUUAACGUUACAUGGAAAUCCCAUUGAAAACCUUCCAUAUUAUAGAGGAUAUGUUGUUCAUACUUUACCACAAUUAACAGCAUUAGACUUUUCAGCAGUAUUAUCUACUGAGAGGAAAAAGGCAGCACCUGCUGGAUUUUAUAAAAUAAUAUAUGGUAAUACAUGAAUAUAAAAUUUUAUUUUCAAGUUUUGUAUUAAAUACACGCUUUCUUUUAAGUAUCAUUACUUGUAAUAUUUUUUCAAGAAUGUACCAUUUAUUUUGAGGUACUUUGACUCAACAUUCUUAGAAAUAAUUUAUUUCAAAUCUACUGUUAUAUCAUUGUUAAAUUAACUCAAGAUAUGUACCAUACAGUAGAAAUUAUUUGUUCUAUUUAAAUGUAUAUUAAUUAACAGAGAUAAAAAAGGCCCCAUAUUAUAUUACAAAUUGAAUGUGACAGCCCAUGUGUUCGCAGUAAUUUUUCUUUUUUGCAAUAUCUAUAUGUAUAAUGAUUUUUUGUACAUUAAAUAAUUCAAUGUCGUCUGUGUU